AUGAAGAAUAAUUACGCUCCAGUUUCAGAUUCUGAUGACUCUUUCAAAGUGCUAAAUGAUGAAAAGUCAGAUGCUAGAUCUUUAGAUGGUACUGGUACGCCUCCUCCGUACUCAGCUCCGAAUAAAUUUAUUGAUUUAGAAAUGGCUGAUGGAUCCACUCAGCAUUCUGCCCAAGAGUCCACUAACAACGCUGGAUCGGAUUCGACAUAUUCAAAGUGGAUUCGAAUAGCUAUCUUCUUUUUUUGCAUCUUUUGUUCGCGCAUAUGCUCUAAAGAAUGGUUCAAGCAAAUUGGUAGAGUGCUGUCCAACAUGUGUGCCGCAGUAUUAUGUACGGCCUCUCUGAAUGUCCCUUGCUAUUCCGUGUAUUAUUUUGUAAAGAAGGUAAUAGGAUUUGAAAAGAUGGACAAAGGGUUUUUCUAUUUUGUUUGCAUUGUUAACGUUGCCGUGUUUGUUUUAUUUUGGAGUACGACGGAUACGAGACAACUUCGAAUAUUCAUUGCUGAUUUAGGAAACGGCAUGGGAAGCAUGGUGAAUGGCAUGGGAAACAUAGGAAACGGCAUAAGAGACGCUUCGAAUUAUAUUCGACCGACAGAUUUAGCAAAUGAAGCACCUCGUAACGAGGAAAUCGAGCUUCAACCUCUUGCUGAGCAAAGCGCUGAAGUUUGA